UAAUUAAAGUCGAGAAAUUUUAAAUCACAUUUAAUUUCUAUAUAACUUAUUUUUAUUAUCAUAUCUAGUAUAGUGUUAUCUGGAAACCCAAAUGAAUUUUUUCUUCAUACAUACUUGCAAUGCAAUUUAUUUGUUUAAUCACUAGCUUUCAAGGUUUUUUACGUCACUUGUGCUUAAAAAACUUACAUUUGUCGAUUUUAAUUUAGUAUUGUAUACAAAACGAAAAUGUUGCGUUCCAUGUACUUUGGUUUUGUCAAGACUUUGCGAUCUUCACAACGGCUACCUACUUUGAUAAUAUCCCGUAAUUGUAUGCAUAUGCACGAAGAAGAGCCGGAACACAUUUUUACAAAACGUUUUGAAGAUUUUUUUAACCGUUGCGAAAUUGAUGGUUGGGAUUUACGCCAAGGCAUGAAUGACAUUUUGGGAAGUGAUGUGAUUCCCGACCCAAGAGUAAUUGAAGCUGCAUUACGUGCUUGUCGCCGUGUGAACGACAUAGCUCUAGCUAUCAGGUGGUUGGAAGCAUGCAAGGAUAGAUGUGGCGAUAAGGUAGACCAAAUAUAUCCAUACUUAUUAGGUCACAUACGUCCAACACUGUACGAACUUGGCAUUCCAACUCCGGAGGAAUUGAAUUACGAUAAGCCAGAGUUGGCUGUAAAAUCGGUAUUUGAUAUGUAAACUAACAUAUUCAGUUUAUGUGAUAAUUAAAACAAAAUUAUAUCAUUA